UAUAAAAUAUAAAAAACAAAAAGAAGAAAAAGAAAAAGGAAAGAAAAUUCACAGCGUCUGCAGAAAGAGAGUGAGAGAGAGAGAGAGAGAGAGAGAGGGAGAGAAAAAGAGAGAGAAGUCAAACUUGUAUCACCGGUUCGUCUUUCGAGGAAGAUCGACGCGCCUCGAGAAUGAAGUUGUGUUGGAGUUUAGCGUCGGUCUUCAUCGUCACGUCGAUGGUCGUCAGUACCGUCAGACCAGAAUCUGUGUUUUGGGAGGAAAACGACAAGGAGAUCCUUGUACGAACUGUACGUGGCACCAAGGAACGAGCAUCCGGCAGCAGCGCCGCUUCGUGCAGAUACGUCAAGGGUCAAUGGUCGGAGUGCGAUUCAAAAACCAACACUCGUUCCCGAACUCUUAGUCUUAAAAAGGGAGACAAAUCUUGCGAACAGACUAAGACUAUUCAGAAGAAAUGCAAGAAAGGCGUGGCGGGGAGAGCAGCGUGUCGGUACGAAAAGGGCACAUGGAGCGGAUGCGUGAAUCAACUAUCGACGAGAGUGGAUAAUUUGAAGGCGAACAGUGAUCCCACUUGCGAGAAGACGCGUUUGAUUACGAAGAGGUGCAAACCGGAGACCAAUACCAAGAAAUCUACCAAAGGAGGCGAACGAUCGAACAAGAAGUCGGGCAAGCAGUAAGAUAAUUUUCUCGUUCAAACGUACCGUGUCCCUUUGUAAAACACAUGGCGAUCAGUAAAAAUCCGACGACGGGCAACGAAAACAAAAAAAAAAAUGCAUUCUUAUGUUUCCUCUUCGACGUAUAUAUAUAAAUAUGUUUUAUUAACGAAUUGUCGUUAUUAAUAAAUCGCGAGUAUACUUACUACGAUCGAGACAUUGUCGUCGAUCGGUUGAAAUAAUAAUAAUAAUAAUAAAUAAAUAAAUAAAUAAAUAAAUAAAUAAAUAAAUAAAUAAAUGAAUGAAUAAACGUUUCUGUGUACGCGUACAAUUUUUUUGCGUAAGCAAAAAAAAAAAGAAAAGAAAAUCAAACAAAACAACAUAGAAAUGAAUCUUCCCGAUUAUCUAAUAAACAAAUCUAAUGAUCGACAUUAAAAAAAAAAAAAAAGAUAAACGCACCUGAUACCCUAAACGCGUACGUAAGAAGCGAAAAAAAAAGAACAAACAAAGAAAUCAAAACAAAAUAUAAAAUCAAAAAAUAAACUCACGAUAUCACAUUAAAGAGAAUUAUUAUUAUUAUCUUAUACUAAUCGUGUCGAUCGUAUAGGAUACUACUGCUUCUCUAUACAUACAAUUAUGAUCAACUCUUCCAUUUUCGUGGCCAAAUCUUCUUACUCCGCGAGAUACAUUUUAUAUAUAUAUAUAUUUUUUUUUUUCCUUUUUUCUUAAAACUUCUUCAAUUUUUUUCAACAAAUAAUUAUAUAAUAUAAUACAUAUAUUAUAUAAUAUAUAUAUAUAUUAAUUAAUUAUUAAUUUUAUUUUUUCUUAAGAGGGAAUUUCUCAAGAACGUUAUUUGAUAAGAGAAAGAGAUAGAGAGAUAGAGGUACCACCGUUAAGUAUCCCUCAAUAAAAUCUUAAAAUCUACUUGACUAUUCGAGUUUUUAAUCUUUCGAAUUAUUCGGAGAUAUAUAUAUAUAUAUAUAUAUAUAUAUAUAUAUAUAUAUAUAUAUAUAUACGCACACAUACAGAUGGACUGAAAUACUGAAAAUCUCUAAGUGUGCCAAAAGUUCGUAGGUAAUCUUAAAAAUCAAUUACUCUCUUUUUCGAGAUUUCUUAUAUAUAGGCUAACUUCUUUUUCUUUUUUAUUUUUUUAUUUUUUUUUUUUUUUUUUUUUUUUUUUUUUUUUUUAAGAUUGUGAAACUACAAGCUCAGCUUAUAAAACUAGAAGCCUAAUUAGAAGCCUAAAAGGUCUCGUAAAGGAAUCCAAUUGAUUUUUAAUAACCACUUUAGAACUUUUGGACACGCCUUAGGACUUUUGGUCCAUCCUGUACAUAUAUAUAUAUUAACAUUUUUAUGACGUUAAUCAUGACACAUCUUUUCUCUGAGUCAAGCAGAAAGAAAAAAAAAAAAGGUAAAAUUAUAUAAAAAAAAAAAAAAAAAAAAAAAAAAAAAAAGAAAAGUAAUACAAAAUAUAAAUAAUCCCAUUCGAUAAUUUACAAUCAUAUUGAGCACGAUUCUAAGCACGAUAUUAAUUUUUUUUACUGAUCUAUAUUUCGUUUUUUUUUCUUCUAUUUCUUUAACUUUAAUUUAACGGGGUACUUAAAAUCGGUUUGAAAAUUAAAAAUUAAAAAAAAAAAAAAAAAAAAAAAAAAAAGAAAACAAAGAAAAAGAUAAAAAUAGGAAGAAAAAAAAAAGAAAGAAAGGAAGAAAAUGCCAUGUUGAAAAUAUUUUCCGACUUUACCAAAUAGCUGUACGGUGUGUCGAUGUUUAAAAAAGUGAUUGUGUAUAUUUUAUAUAAUAAUAUGCACGAUCUUCGUAAUAACGAUUACAUUGUCCGCGAUAUGUAUUCUUAAUAUCUCUCACUAUUUUUCGAACACACACACACACAUAAAUACACGCGCGCUGACACGCACACACGCACGCACCCAAGCACGCAAACACAAGUGUCUCUUCUAUAAAGUUUCACAGUCGUUGGAAAAAAAAUAAAUAAAAUAAAAAAUAAUAAAAUAGAAAACCAAAAAAAAAAAAAAA